AUGCAACUCAGCCUUCAAGCUUUGCAGCACCGCAGUAUUAUCACCAGCAGUAUAUGGUGCCACCACAACAGCACUCCCAUCAGCUCCGCCAGCCCCGUCCCUCACAAGCCAGACAAUGUUUCCAUUGCCAGCAGCGCAAAGCAGAAGAACCUUGCACCCAUUGUUACCACUGUGGCAGCAGCGAGCACUUCUCAGCUGGCUGUGAUAUCCAAAACUUUGCCUAGAAUGGAAACCAGCAGGGUCAUCUCAACUGACAAAGCAACAGUUGUCAUCCAAAUAAAUCCACAGGCGGCACAAAAUGCUGUUAUUUGUGAUGAUGGACAGGAGGCCAGAGGAGCACAUCACAAUAUGGCUCUUAAGGGAUUUUUUAAAGCACAACCAAAGGCACUGGGGACUGUCCAGAUAAUGAUUGGAGUGGUGAUUUUCUUAUUUGGUAUUGUACGCACCAGCAACAUCAACAACAAUUACCUUUACCCAGCUAUUUCUGUCAUAAGUGGAAUAACUUACUGGGGAUCUUUCAUUUACAUCAGUGCUGGAUCUCUGUCUGUAGCUGCUCAGAAUAAACUUGAUCUGUGUGUGGUGAAAGCUUCUCUUAUAAUGAAUGUGAUCGGUGCCAUAACUGCAGGGAUAGCCAUUCUUCUGAUGGGCAUAGAAAUAGGAUUGCUUGCCGAGAUAAGAUGCUACAAUGACUAUGGUAGAACUACUGACACCUGUUCCCAUUUUAAGAGAUAUGAUCUGGGGAUCAAUGGAAUAUUGCUGGUGUUCUCCAUCCUUCAGUUCAUCAUCUCCAUCUGUAUCUCAGGAUUUGCCUGCAAAGCCACCACCAGCAACAACUCUACAGUGGUCAGUGUGGCACUAAACCAGAUUGUUGAAGUGGGUGACAUGUGA